AACUAAUGAUAAUAACAACCACUAAUUUAUUUUACUUUUGUUUUUGUUAAUUCUUUUCCACUUUUCAUUAUUGAAUUUCGUAUAAAAAUAAAAUUUUAUUGUGAGGAAUAUGAAUUUUUAAAUCAUUUAGUACUUUUACCAAAGAUGAUAUUUGGUUACUUAUCUCAUAACUAUACUAUCAACUCAUGUCAAGGAACCUGGAUCUGAAUUAAGCUUUUUACUUUAAUUUUGUUUGAAAAGGAAUUAGUGUAGAUUCUCUAUCAUGUCAUUAGUUUUCUAUAAUAAUCUAAUAAACGGAUGAAAAGAGGUUGGGGAAGUUAGGCAAAGAAUUGCCUUGUCGGAGAGGCCAGUUUCCUAAGAGUAAUGCUAAACCCUACUUCAUUGUCUUGCGGCUUGAAGCUCUUGAAAGCAACUUCACCGCUUCAACAUUGAAACCUUCUCUCCCUCUACAUUUUAUUUGUUAUAAACCCUGGUCCACGGACCUCCCAGCCAAAUCCGUAUUUCUAAAAACUUAAAUGUAAUGGGAAAAUCACCAAUGGUUCACAUGGCUGUUCUUUUUUAUGUUUCUGUACUGUUCUCUGUUUCUUAUGCCUCCACGUUUGUUAUCACAAAUAAUUGUCCCUUUACUAUAUGGCCCGGAACUCUUGCAGGCUCUGGCACCCAGGCACUACCCACGACGGGGUUCAGGCUUGAUGUGGGACAGUCUGUUAGAAUUCCUUCGGCUCUAGGCUGGUCAGGUCGGAUAUGGGCUAGGACUGGUUGCAACUUUGAUGCUAAUGGCAUGGGAAAAUGUAUGACCGGAGACUGCGGUGGGAAGCUGGAGUGCGCCGGUAAUGGUGCUGCUCCGCCAACAUCACUUUUUGAGAUCACACUUGGUCACGGUUCUGAUGACAAAGAUUUCUACGAUAUCAGUCUCGUUGAUGGGUAUAACCUUCCCAUAGUUGCUCUCCCAACCGGUGGUGGGCUGGUUGGAGCUUGUAAUGCUACAGGAUGUGUUGCUGAUGUCAACAAUAGCUGUCCAAAGGAGCUUCAAGUGAUGGGAGAGGAAGAGGAACAGAGAGGAGGAGUUGUUGCAUGCAAGAGCGCUUGUGAGGCCUUUGGGUUGGACCAGUACUGUUGCAGCGGUCAAUUUGCUAACCCGACCACAUGCCGACCAUCUUUGUACUCUUCCAUCUUCAAGAGAGCCUGUCCCAGAGCUUAUAGCUAUGCCUUUGAUGAUGGAACCAGUACUUUCACUUGCCAGGCUUCUGAGUAUGCCAUUAUCUUCUGCCCAGGCAGGGUAAAAAGACCAGACAGCCAGAGUUCGGAUCCUCCCAGCCCGCCUCAGAAUCAGUUUGGGCAACCUAUGGCUCCUCCACCUCAGAAUCCGUACGGUCAACCUAUGGCUCCACCAACAUAUGACCAACCAAUGGCUCCUCCCACUCAGAAUCAAUACAAUCAACCUGUGGUGGCUCCACCGACUCAAAAUCAGUACAGUCCACCUAUCGCGCCUCUCACUCAGAACCCACCUGGACCAAACGAGGAAUCAAUGGCUCCCCCACCUCAGAAUCAAAAUGGGAAUGGGCAGUUCAUGCCUCCUCCCACAGUGAACCAAGUUCCAAACGACCAGUAUAUGAAUCCCCCAAUUGAGGAUCAGAGUCAAAGAGAGACUCGAUCCUCAUCCGAUAUACUUCGACCUUUUCCAGUCUUGUUGCUUCUUGGUUUCAGUCUAACUGCUUUGAGGCAUUCAGGCAUGACAUGAACCGUCACCACUCUUCUUUUUCUAAUGAGAAAGUGAUACAUAACUCAUAGAUUCUGAGCUUAUUAUUCAAAUAGAUUGCCUUGAAUUGUCUGCAUUGGCUUCACAACUCAUACAUGUAAAUUACUCUAUUUGAUGUAUAUAAUGUUGUAUCAAAUAAACAAACGAAUUGUCACUUUUUAAAAAAGAGUGGGAGAAAUCAAAAUCACAACUCAUUUCUUGGU